CAUCCCUCUCUUUCCGUCUAUUUAAUUGAACCUAUUGGUUGUAACGUCAGUUUUGGGAGUUGGGUUUGUUGUACAGUCUCUCUCUCUCUCUCUCUCUCUCUCUCUCUCUCUCUCUUCUUUUCUCUCAAAUGGCCGGCCUCAGAUGGAGAGAAUGGUGGAACACGAUGGCGUUCCCAACCCGGCGAAUCUGGAAUCGUUUCACCGUUCGCGUUGGAUUACGCCACAGUGGACUCUUGAGGUUACAAAACGACGUGAGUUCUUGUGAGUACGAAGACAUACACAUUAUGUGGAAUCUGUUACACAAGAUUGAAGAACCGACACCAACACCGGCACGUGUUGCACGAAUCAAACAAAGGAAGAAAGCUUGUUGGAAUCUCUUCGGUUCAUAUCUUUGCCAAAGAUUCUGAUUAUACAGUAUAUAUAUAACCUAAAAUAUUUCCAAAACCAUAGUUGUAAUUUGUGAGAGCCUUGACGGGUCCCCUGCAAGUGUGGUGAGGCUAUUGACAAAUUUCGCAAAAGAAUAAACUCCGAGGUUGUACAGUCUUAGCUGUUUAUGUUUCCAUGGCAUGCCUCUCUCUGUAUGUUAUCUAAAUAUCUAUGAGUUCAACACAUGAGUGUUGUUGUAUGUAUGAUAGAAAUGCUUCUCAUAUUUUAAUGUUACUAUGUUCAUAAA